GAGAUUAAGAAAAGCACAGGCAGUGACGUUGACCAGUGACUUCGUAACAGGGAACAUAAACAAGCUAGAUUAAUUGUUUCUUAACCACUUUCCCGACUGUUUUUUCGGAAUUUAGUUCUAUUUUAUGCUUUUUGUUCCUCCAGUUAAAGAUUAGCUGGCUAUUUUAACUCUCAACGGCUGCUUAUAGUGAACUACAAAAACCGACACAUGGGGCACAUAGGAGGGGACAUCGGCUGUUACAAAGUGUCAGGUCGGUGAACCUCUCCACUUUAGCAUGAUAACAGAUCACUUUUGACAGAAAACGCACAAAAACAUCAUGGAGACAGCAGGCGGCUACAACGUGGAGGGGAGCCCCAGCCCUCCUGCAGUGCCCUCCACCAUGUCCAUAGACAGGCUGCUACCUGCUCUCCUGGAGUGCUUUGGGAUCAUCCUGUGUGGAUACAUCGCAGGAAGGACCAACAUCAUCACCUCCACUCAGGCCAAAGGAUUGGGCAACUUUGUAUCAAAGUUUGCUCUCCCUGCGCUCCUUUUUAAGAACAUGGUGUUGCUGGACUUUGGGAACGUCAUCUGGCCCUUCCUGUGGGGAAUCCUCAUCGCUAAAGUGUCUGUAUUUUGCAUCGUUUGCUUCCUCACUCUGAUAGUGUCCAGUCCUGACAGCCGCUACAGUAAGGCUGGCAUCUUCUCAAUAUUUGCAACCCAAAGCAAUGACUUUGCUUUGGGCUACCCAAUAGUUGAAGCCCUCUACCAGAGCACAUACCCAGAGUACCUCCAGUACAUCUACCUGGUUGCACCCGUGUCCCUGAUGCUCCUAAAUCCCAUCGGCUUUGCACUGUGCGAGAUCCAAAAGUGGAAGAAUCAGGGAAACCACCAGCAGAGAAAACUGCUGAUUGUGGGACAUGUAGUCCUGCAAGUCUUGAAGAACCCCAUUGUAUUCAUGGUUAUUGUAGGCAUCAUCGCCCACUUUGCCCUGCACCAGAGAAUCCCUGCUUUCAUGGCUGAGUUCAUAGACGGCUUGGGCAACUCUUUUGGUGGAGCAGCUUUGUUCUAUUUGGGUCUGACCAUGGUGGGCCAGUUGAGAAAACUGACCAGAUCCACUGUUGUGACACUGAUUUUGCUCAUUACAGCCAAACUGCUGGUAAUGCCGCUUAUCUGUAAGGAUAUGGUGGAUGUUUUGGAUAACAGCAGCAAUACUACAAACCACUCCAGCCUCUCAGAUUAUGCCUUUCUUUACGGAGUCUUCCCCACUGCACCAAGCGUGGCCAUCUAUGCUGUUUUCUACAACGCAGAACUAGAAGUUGUGACCUCUGGGAUGGUGAUCAGCACUUUUCUCUCAGCUCCAAUAAUGUACGUCUCAGCCUGGCUGCUUACCAUCCACUUAAUGGAUCCCCAGUGUCUGAUGCAUUCACUUGAGAGUGUCAGCUUUAAUAUGAGCAUAGUGAGCUUAGUGGCUCUGCUGUGGACAGUUGCUGUCAUGUUUUUAAGUAAAAAGUUUAAGAGACUUCCUCACAUGUUUACAGUCAACCUGUUCUUGGCGCAGCUGUUCAGCUGCAUUGGGAUGAUUCUGUGGAACUUUGUGGUGAAGGAAGACAACUUUGUUGCGCAGGUCCUCAUUUUCACGUUGCUGUCUACUUCACUCUACAGUAGUUUUAUGUGGCCAGGAUUAAUAGCACUCUCAAUUGUGCUUAUGAAAAAGUAUGAGGAUCUUAGAGGAGCACCAGGUGCGCUGAUCAUCGCAGGCUGGGGGAUCCCCUCUUUGCUAACCUCUAUUCUGCUCAUCUUCGGCGAAAAAAGGUCUGACGCUAUUGAUUCUUCCUUCUUCUAUGGCAAACUUCAGAUCAUUUGCACUACAGUAGUGGUCAGCUUCAGCAUACUUCUUGGAGGAUUCUCUUUGGUGUGUCUUAGUAGAGGAAGUUGGGAGCAAGAUGAAGAAUACGAAGACGGAGAAAGUUCAUUUGAGCCUUACCAGGAUCAGGUGACCGAGGUCGAACCAGAAACUCAGACUCUCAUAGAGCCAGAAACCGGAACAGGAGGAGAGUGUUUCAGAUGUGCCUGUGCUCCAGCCACGCCCAUGCCUGACAUGAUCAUCAGCACAAACGACAGCCUAAGCUCCCUCCCAGUUCAUUGUGGGAAUGGCUGCGAGUCGACAGACUGUCUCCUUGCUCAGAUGGAGGAGCAACAGCAGGUGAAAGACAGACAAGUGGUCCGUCAUGUGCUCCUGUGUCUGCUCCUGACUGUCUUCCUUCUGGCUAACCUUUCCAGCAGCCUGUGGUUGCUUUACAACCACCUUCAUGGGAGACUCUACUUGGAGCUUCAGUUCUUCUGUGCUAUAGCAAACUACGGACAGGGAUUUAUCUCCUUUGCUCUUUUCGGGUUGGACAAGAAUAUUAUUUUACUGCCAUUGAAGAGGUUAUACAGUCGCUGGUUUGGAAAGAAGAAAAUCGAAGAACCGGAUCUGGAUUUACCAGACGACAUCAGGAUGACCUGCCUCCAGUUCACCAAAUACCACAAACAACAGUGUUUUCAUGACAUUGUUAAAAAGAGAAGGUGUGGUGUGAGGACCAUGCUGGACUGUUUCCGCGGCUGUGAGCUGGUGGAUUGGCUGCAGCAGGUGGGCUUGGCGCAGGACCGCGGCGAGGCGGUCCUCUACGGGACGCGGCUGCAGCAGGGCGGUAUGCUUCGGCACAUCAAGCAGGAGUACAGCUUCGAAGACAGUCAGCUUCAUUACUACUUUACUGCACCAAACUAAGGCAUCAAAGUUAUUUUCUUCUUAAAGGGACACAUUUCAGUUCAGACAUGAACGACGCAGUCGGCACACUGUGCAGAGCAGCUCUCUGUGACGGUUUCUGCUACGUGACAUUAAAGUCUAGUAAAGUAACACACUUUUACUCUGCAGUUUAUUCCUAUUAAAAAAGGGGAAAUAAUACACAUAUUAGAGUAUUUUUUAGAACCACUUAAGGUAUUUUAUCUAACAUUUAUAAAAUGCAAAAUUUUAGCUGAUUUGCUUAACUGUGAUUUGGCUCAGAUGGAUAUUCUUUCAGAUGAUCAGGCAUUUUCAGUAAAUCCUUCUUAAGCCAUACAACCAGAGCCACUUAUUUGGAGCCAAAACUGAAUGUGCACAUACUGUAAUUAUUUCAAUUAUCAUUGGUUGUGUGUGGGGGGGGAAAUGGCGAAAGAGUUUUUACAUUAUUGUAGGGGAUUAUUUGUCCUGUGAGGUUUAAAAAAAAAAAAAAAAAA